UGCUUAAAAGUUGUUAGGCUGCUUUAAUCUCUGCAUUGAUGUCUGUCAUUGGUUCUAGUACAUUCUCAGCCAUUGGCUCCUGAAAUAUUGUCUCUGCCUCAUUCUCAUUACUGGACAAGUUUAAUUGUCAGACUUUCUUACUGGACCCUCUGUGUUUCUUACUUUUUCUCUUAUAUUCUGUCUUUUUGUCUCUCUAUGCUGCAUUCUGGAUGACUUCUUUUGACCAACUUUUCGGUUCAGUUAUUCUCUUUAAGCUGUGUCUAAUCUUGUUAAACAUAUCCAUUGAGUUUCUAAUUUAAAGUUAAUGCAUUUUUUCUCUUCUAGGAUUUCUUUUUGUUCUUUUAAUCUGCUACAAAGUUUCAAGCUUGUUUUAUAUAUCUUGCAACAAAGUAAUAAACAUGCUAAUUUUAAAGUCUGUUGAGUAAUCCCAAAAUGUGAGGUCUUUGAGAGUCUGUUUCUGUUUUGUAGUUUUGUUUGCUUGUUGCUGUUCAUGAUGUCUUAUUUACUUUUGUAUCUGAUUACCUUUGAUUAUGUGCUUGUCAUUAUAUUUGAAAAAUACACAUACGGUUGAUUUGAAGCCGAGGUGAUGACCUUUUCAGAAAUGAUUUUAGAUAUUUUUCUUCCUAGACAUCUGGAGGUGCUACCAGUCUGGAUCACUGUAAUCCAAAUUUAAAGGUUUGAGGUUUCCUGGACUUCGUAGGUGACAUGAAGCUGGGCUGCAGGUUCUGCAUGAAACAUUUCCUCAACACACAUUCCUCAUGAAUGGUCUCAUUCAAGGUGUAAAGGGCCUGCUCUCUUUUCUGAGCGCCCCACUCAUAGGUGCGCUGUCUGAUGUGUGGGGAAGGAAGCCCUUUCUCCUCGGCACCGUCUUCUUCACCUGCUUCCCAAUUCCACUGAUGAGGAUUAGUCCAUGGUGGUAUUUUGCAAUGAUUUCCAUGUCUGGAGUCUUCUCAGUCACGUUCUCUGUGAUAUUUGCCUAUGUAGCUGAUGUUACUCAGGAGCAUGAGCGAAGUACUGCUUAUGGAUGGGUCUCAGCCACAUUUGCAGCCAGUCUGGUCAGCAGCCCAGCCAUUGGAGCAUACCUGUCCGCCAGUUAUGGAGACAGCCUUGUUGUGCUGGUGGCCACAGUGGUGGCUCUUCUGGACAUCUGCUUCAUCUUAUUGGCUGUUCCAGAAUCUUUGCCAGAGAAAAUGAGACCUCUUUCCUGGGGAGCUCAGAUUUCUUGGAAACAAGCAGACCCUUUUGCGUCACUGAAGAAAGUUGGAAAAGAUUCUACUGUCUUACUAAUCUGCAUCACCGUUUUUCUUUCAUACCUUCCUGAGGCUGGACAGUAUUCAAGUUUUUUCCUCUAUCUCAGGCAGGUCAUAGGUUUUGGAUCUGUUAAAAUUGCAGCAUUCAUAGCUAUGGUAGGAAUUCUUUCUAUUGUGGCUCAGACGGUCUUUCUUACCAUCUUGAUGAGGUCAUUGGGGAAUAAGAACACCGUUCUCCUUGGUUUGGGUUUUCAGAUGUUCCAGUUAGCCUGGUACGGUUUUGGAUCUCAGGCAUGGAUGAUGUGGGCAGCAGGGACCGUGGCCGCCAUGUCCAGCAUCACAUUUCCAGCAGUCAGUGCCCUCGUCUCUCGGAAUGCAGAGUCAGAUCAGCAAGGAGUUGCCCAAGGUAUCAUAACUGGAAUAAGAGGACUGUGUAAUGGCCUGGGGCCAGCCCUGUAUGGCUUCAUAUUCUACAUGUUCCACGUGGAACUGACUGAGUUGGAACUGGAAUUGAAUUCUAACAAUGCUGCCCUGCAGGGAGCUGUCAUCCCAGGCCCACCGUUUUUAUUUGGGGCAUGUAUAGUUCUUAUGUCUUUUCUGGUUGCCUUAUUCAUCCCUGAAUACAGUAAAGGCAGUGGAAUUAAAAAACAUAACAACAGCAUCAGCGGCAGCCUGACCAACACAAUAGAACGAGGCAGUGAUGAAGACAUUGAGCCACUACUGCAGGACAGCAGCAUCUGGGAGCUCUCUUCCUUCGAGGAGCCUGGGAAUCAGUGCACUGAACUAUAAACUGCAGAAACUAGAAUUCUGUAGACUCCAUCUCUGAGAGCCAUGGAGGAGCCACACCACACUGGAGACUUCAUGGUGCUGGAGGAGAGAUACUAGUGGCAUGCUUCAGGGCUGAGUUUGAGAAGUAACCACCUCCAUCCCUCGUCUCCCGCCCCUUCCUCCUCCUGUUCCUUUUCUACCAUUCUCUUUCUUUCUGUUUAUAUGUUAGAACAAGUUAAGGUUUGAAAUACUUUUCUGCAAAUAAUAUGCAACUCUCAAAGUUAUCUGGAGUCCACACUUCGAAACUCAGAAAAAGUCAUCUCUGGUAGAAAGGAUGACUUUCCUUUAAUAACUCCAGAGUAAGAGUGACCAUGUCCUUUUCAGUAGAAGGUGCAGGAUUAUAGUACAACUGCCUUCUCUGGCAAAAUUUGAGAUAAAGAAUCCCAUAUUUUCUUCCCUCCUGUUUCUCUGAACUGUGCCCGUUUAGCCCAUAGGUGUUUAUGAGUGGCUGCUCAGUAUCGGGGAUCUAUUGCCUUUGUUCAAAGGUCAAGCAAAUAACUAGUCUUACUCUCCUUUCCUUAUCUCUACUUCCUAUUCUUGGCUAGAAUGAAAUUCAGUAUAUACACAUCUGGACAGUAAUAAUAUUGAUUAGUGAUAACCUUUACCAGAUGAAGGAAAUUUUUUAAAUAAAUUUAAAUCAUGAAGAACUAGCAAUUCAGAUUCCUGGGCCUAAUGUUUUGGUUAGAUCCAAGGUGAUUUUACAGAAGAAAAACAUACAUCAGCCAUUCUGGCAACAUAGAAAUUGGAGGGUGCUUGUAAGAAAGUUUUCAACAAUGUAAACAUUCCUAGGUGAGAAUGAGAGUUAGUAACUGGAUACCAGUGGAGUUUAUAUCCAAGUUUAGACUCAUGUAAUGCAUUCUUACUAUAUUUGCUCCCACCUACAUCUCCUGUGUCUUACUUUUCAAUGUUUUUCAUUCAUCACACCCCUGCCUUAACUGCUCUAUGUAGGCAUUUGUUUUCAGUCAGUCUUUAUUUUCAUCUAUGUAUCUGCCACUUGAAUCUCAUGGGAAUAUGCACAGUAAAUUCCUUUCUAAAAUAUGAUGGUUUAAGAAGCUCAGUUUCAAAAUAAGUGUCUUGCUAAUUUUUCGAGAUGUUUUAUGGACAAAGAAAACUUUAGAUUAUAUGUGUUUUCCUGCACCAGUAGGUGGACCAUUAACUAGGGCCCAUCUUUAACACAGCACUCCUUUGAAAGUUUUAUAGGUAUGAAAUAUAUGUAGAUAUUCAUAAGGAGUUUUAAUUUUUUUUGAUGGGGUGCUAUGUAAAUCUUGUAUUUAUAAAUGUAAUGAAGGUAUUGACAGAAAAAAAUAUAUACAACUUUUAUAAAGGAUUGUGUACUGACUGAAUACAUUUAAAAGAAAAUAUAUUUUGAAACUUGUUCUGCUGCGAACAAAGAUAACAUAUCUUUUUACUAUGCUGUUGGUUUUUAAGUUAAGCUUCCUAAUGCAUAAUAAAUUUGCAAUGGAUACUUUUA